UAAUCAAGGGCUAACUUGUAGAGAAUAAAAAAAAGUCAAAUGUUAUUUUAAUAAGCAUUUAAUUUGCUACAUGUUAGCUAUAAUUAGAAAAAUGUUUUCAAUUAAUUAGCUAUGCGCGUAAGAAAAUACAAAAAUUGAUUGCAUUUAAAAAAUUAACUCUUAAUUCAAUAGACACUUAGGUGUGAGGGUGUUGCCAUGUUGUUUUAUUUAAUUUUGAUUAUUUGUGUCAUACAAAAUGCAUCCCCUGUUUCAAACAAACGCAAAAUAGAAAUCCAAUCAAGGCCAUUCAAUCGUCAAUAUAUCGAAAACUACAACAAAUUCCAACCUCAAGAAUCCUCCGAACUCAGCAGCGAAUCCAGAAGAAUAUUUAAAUGGAUCAAAAAUUUAUUGUACAAAAACACUACCAACAUUACCAAAUCAUCAACUCAGAGCAACUCUGUGACACAGAGCAUAACCUACAACUCUUCGAGGAUACCUGAUCACGAAAUUCCUCAAACGAAACCAACAUACGAAGAAGUAUUGAAUGAGAGGAUUCGAUUUAGGAAAAUAGAAAGAAACCUAACUGAAACAUUAGAUAAAUUGUCGCGUAUACUUAACCAAAUACUUAACAUAGUUAAAUAUACACGGUACCAAAAUUUUCACGAUUUGCAUGCAUAUUUACCUGCUAAAUUUGGUAAUAAAAACAGAAGGGACAAACGAUUCAAAAGAGAUGUAAACGGCACAGGAGUUUUAAAUAUGAAAAGAGAUGAUGAGAAAAAUAAAAAUGAUGCUGAAAAAUCGGAACUCAUCGAAAAAAUCGAAACCAAACUAGAGAACACCACUACUGCAGAAAAUAGAGAUGUCCCAAAACCGGAUAUAGCUCACAACAGACGAUCAAUGUUGCCAGUGCGAACGAAUGAUGAAGUAAAAAAUCGAUUAUUCAAAUACAUAGACGAAGCAUUUGCCGAUAUAGCGAAAAAGAUCGAUUCCUUGAAAGACACCAAGCGAAUGUUUUCCAAAGAUGUAAGCUACCGUGUUGGGUAUAUAAUAUCGAAUAUCGAUACUUUACAAGUAAAUAUGAUGAAUAUGAAAUUAGAAAUGGAUAAAAAUAAAUAUGUAUGGGACGAUCGUAAAAUAUUGAAUUUGUACGACACUGUUAAAAUAUCUAACCAAGCUAUUACUGAUUUGUUGGAUAUAUUGAAAGUUUAUGUAGACAAGAGUGUAAAUUAAUAAAAAGCAGUGUUUGAAUUUUGGUUUUAUUAUUUAUGAUAUUUAAGUAAGAAUAUAGGUUUAAAAUGAAAUGGCGACCCCGCACUAGAAAGCGCAGUGUUGGUCGACCCCCCACCAGGUGGAUUGACGACAUCAAGCGAGUCGCAGAUAUUUGCUGGAUGC